GCGAGGGUCGAAGUGGUAUAGCAGAAUCAUGGUUGCCAAGCAAGCAGAGAGGUCCAUCCUCGAUUUCCCUAAACGUUUUAUGGUUGUCACCGGAAUAUGGCGAACUUCUUCGAUCACACCUCACCCGACGAUGCAGAAAGUAUACGUGGCCUAUUGCAUCUUCAUCAAACUAUACUACACGUUGUUCGUGGCGUUACUCAUAAUAGAAUUCGGUCGGAGCCUGGCUUCGACAAAUUCAGUAGAGUUCAGACAACUGUGUUACAUUAUUUCCACGGUAACGAUCUUUUACGCUACAUUGGUCUGCGACACCGUUAACUUCAGGCGGCUCAUAUCUUACAUCGAAGACCGAGUCAGCCGUGUAGCUGGAUGCGACGACGAAGAGAUUUCGAUAUUGCACUCGCGACAACUUAAAAUUGGCAAACUUGUCAGCACGAUUUUGGUUCUCACCGUAGCGAGUACCGGGUCUGCCGUUGUUUUCGAAAAUAUAUGGCGUAACGUGGUGAAUAUGAAGUACUAUUCAGGCCGAAAUGAAACCGCCGAUAUAGUCUCCAUCGUUAACCUGUACUACUUCGGAAUUAGUCGCAGACCUAAAAUCGUUUUUGUGUUUGUCGACGAGUUUCUGUGCGUGUUCAACACUACUUUGACACUGGCCACCAAAAGUAUUACGCUUUCGUGCAUGUUAUUCGCUUCUGUCGCGUUGCAGGAGCUUCAGAUUGGGUUCAGGAGGAUAGGAUCUGAUAGAGACGUUAAGCUAAACAUGGAACAAGUUAUUUCACAACAUCGGGAGCUAAUUAGCUACGUUGAGUUAUUAAACAAUAUGGUGAAGUACAUAAUUUUGUUCGAGUACGUAUUCGAGUCAUUGAACGUCGCUGCUAUCUCAGUACAGAUGACCAAGUCGGAAUCCCAAACGCUCCUGUCGUUGGCACUAUAUCUGACUUACGUACUGAUUCAAAUAUUCCUGCUGGGCUGGAUUGCGAACGAAAUAAAGAAUCAGAGCGUGGCCUUAUCAGACGCUCUCUAUGAGUCCCCUUGGUAUGAACAAAAUGAAUCAUCAAAGAAGGUGAUACUAGUGAUGAUAAAGCAGGCCCAGAAACCUUUGACGUUGACCAUUGGUCCCUUCGACGCGAUGACGUUGCAGUCUGCCCUGGCGAUCAUCAAGGCAUCUUAUUCGUAUGUUACUCUGUUAACGAAUAGCUACUAAUAAUUCAGACAACACUCUUGAACAUGUUUCUAUAAAUAAAAAAAUGCAUAAUAGCUG